AUGGCCACUCUGAUCCAUAGUCGUCGAGGAACUGUCACUCGAUUGAGGCGACACAGCCAGAGUCCAAGUGACUCUGAUGAAGAUGUGUACACAGCUCCCCUUACGCCACCAGUUUCUCCUCAAUAUCCUCUUGGCCGGUAUCCUGGACAAUGGAGUUUAGGACUUCAACUCAAAAAUUUGAUAUUUUCAAGAUUGGUCCUCUUUACAAUAGGCUCGAUUUUGACGUAUUCUGCCUUAUUUUGCCAAGACGGGAGUGUCCUCGGAGACACUGAAGACAUUUCAGGAAUCGAUCCGAAGAUCACAUCUGCAAUUCCGCUGUUGUACAAGGAUUUCAUAUACAAUGCAACCAAAAGGGAAGGUAAUACACUCAAAGGACACUUAGACAUAUUCCCGGGCAACACGCUUUCGGUAGCCCGGCGUUUUGCUAAGGCGCUGCCAGACUAUCAACAAGCACGCGCAUUCUCAGUUCUGCUUGAGGAUUUACAAAUUACUUCGGACGAAAUAUAUCACGAAUACAUGCAUUAUUAUGAUAGUAUCCGUCGGCACGCGGAGGACGCAAUGAUACUAACAAAUGCUUUAGUCGAGGAUUCAGAGGAAGUUUGCCGAUAUCAGAAUGUUUCGGAUACUGUAAUUAUGCGAACCCAGGAUUUCAAGCAUUUGACAGACAAAAGAUCCUAUUGGUUUUACCCUUCCACUUGCGGAUUUCGAGGCAUGGGAAUUAAAGCUAAAUACCUCGAAUAUUUGAAAGCACUACGUGAAGGAUUCAACCAAGCCGACUGGAAUUUUUACAAUCACAAAUUUAAAGGAUUGACUGAAGUUUUGAGGACAGGUGCAAGACUGAUGAGUUUAUUCGAAGAGGCCAGAACUAAAAGUGAAGUGCUCCAAUCUGCAGUAGAGCAUGGUAUAAGUACAUUGUCCUCGGAUGGAACUUCAACGUUAGAACAUAACACCAAUCAAAGCAAUGAAAUAAUUGGCUACAUAGAAAAUUGGCUUAAGAAUGAUUUCGAACGAGGUCGAAUCGUGCGUGAAAUCGAAAUGCCCAUCUCGGUUCACAAAUCCCAGCUGGCGUUAAAAGCUAUUGAUAGAAAGAUCAGAGAAGUUGUUAAUAUCUUAUUGCACAUGGAGAAUUUCUUGAAUGAUCAUUGGCAUGUAAAUUGUCAUAUCGAUGCAAUGGCAAAUACCCUGCAAAAUGUUUCCUCUUAUUACAACUUCAACCAUCCAUCUCAUCCCAUGUUAGUGUGGGAGAUGUAUCGUAGUAUCUGGAGACGCGAAAGUACGGGGCCAUUGAUAGACCCGGAAACUUGCAACACGCAGCAGUCUUGGAUUACACACGGAUAA